AUAAGGGGAGGUAGCGCUUCUUUACUCCAGCAGCAGAACUAACCAGAGUGGCUGAAGCGAGCACAAAGGCAUAGAAGUGGCUUGGGUUUAUAAGUAACCCGUUCGCCUAGCCAAAGAGCCGCUCCAUUUGGAUAUUAACCUGGGAGAGAUACCCCACCCUGAAGGGCUUGUACAAUUCCAGGCUAUCCGACAUGAUGUAUCAGGGCUUCACCGCUGACUACGACGCGUCUUCCUCCCGCUGCAGUAGCGCUUCUCCGGCUGGGGACAGCCUCACCUACUACCCAUCUCCAGCGGAUUCUUUCUCCAGCAUGGGCUCGCCUGUCAACGCACAGGACUUCUGCACCGACCUCGUUGCCUCCAGUGCCAACUUCGUCCCCACCGUGACUGCUAUCUCCACGAGUCCAGACUUGCAGUGGAUGGUCCAGCCCACCCUGAUCUCUUCAGUGGCCCCUUCCCAGAAUCGGACCCAUCCCUACGGGCUCCCUGCUCCUCAAACUGGUGCCUAUUCCAGGGCAGGCAUAGUCAAGUCGACGGGAAGUAGAGGACAGAGCAUCGGCAGAAGGGGCAAAGUUGAACAGCUGAGUCCCGAAGAGGAAGAAAAAAGGAGGAUCCGGAGGGAGAGGAACAAGAUGGCAGCUGCUAAGUGCCGCAACCGGAGAAGGGAACUGACCGACACCCUCCAAACGGAGACCGACCAGCUGGAGGAGGAGAAGUCUGCCUUGCAGACCGAUAUCGCCAACCUGCUCAAAGAGAAGGAGAAGCUGGAGUUCAUCCUAGCCGCUCAUCGGCCCGCUUGCAAGAUCCCCGAGGAGCUCCAGUUCUCCGAAGAACUCGCCGUCUCCUCGCUGGAGCUGCUGGCCGACCCACCCGUGGCCAGCUCGCCCGAGUCGGAGGAGGCGGCCUUCGUCCUGCCCAUGCUACAAGAGGCGCCCCGGCCCGAGCCUGCCAAGGAGAGCAACGGCCUGGAGCUGAAGGCCGAGCCUUUUGACGACUUCUUCACGCGCGCCGCCCGCGAGACGCCUCGCUCCGUGCCGGACAUGGACCUGUCCGGCUCGUCGUCCUUCUACGCGGCGGACUGGGAGCCCCUGGGCGCCCCGAGCGCUGCGGAUCUGGAACCCCUUUGCACACCGGUGGUGACCUGCACGCCCUGCCCCAGCACCUACACCUCCUCCUUCGUCUUCACAUACCCCGAGACCGAGGCUUUCCCUAGCUGUGCAGCCGCGCACAGGAAGGGCAGCAGCAGCAACGAGCCUUCCUCCGACUCGCUCAGCUCGCCGACCCUGCUGGCCUUGUGAAGGGACUGGAUCCCGGAGCAAUAACUGCAGGGCUAGGGGCGACCUGGCGGCGGAGACCGAGCCCACACACCCUCUUGCUGCUGCUGUGCUGCAUGGGGCCUUAGGCCGCAAAGGAGCCCCCCUCCCUUUCCGGGGCAUCUCCCGAGAUUCCACUCGAGCCGAGGCCCAGGGAAGACGAAGCGCCUCCAUUCCGGCGCUUGGUACGGGCAGCCCAUCUGGAGUGAAAUGACUUUGCCGAAGGACUGCUCCGCAGCCUGCCGCACAAGGCCUGAUACCUCUUCCAGAGAUGUAGCAAACCGCAUGGAAUUAUGUCUUGUCCUCAUCCAUGGGAACUAGUCGUUUCGUAGCAUGUUCAACAUGGCUGGGUUGGUGACCCCCUUCCCUCCGUAAUAUUCACUAGCAUUAACUAAUUAAUCUGUUGGUUUAAUGAUUGGAAUUUUAAUAUGGUGCUGGGUAUCUUCAACUCGUAUCUAGUGCAGCUGAUUAACAAUAACUACUGUGUUCCUGGCAAUAUUGUGUUUUGAUGACUUAGCAAUCACCCAACUUAACUGCGAAAAAGAGGCUAUUUUAUUUUCUAGUAGAUUAAUAAAUGGCUAUGUUGUCCAUGUACUAUAGUUCUCCUUGUACAUCAAUGUUCAUCGUAACUUUAACUGAUCAUACAUUGUUGAAGUGGUCUGAAUGGUUUGACAUGAGUUUUCCAUGAAAACGUUUUUAUUGUGUUUUUAAUUUAUUUAUGGAUAUAUUUAUAUUUUUAUUUUUUCUACCUGGAGGUAUUGACAUGUGGAAAGUGAAUUUGGAUGAAAUUUAAGCAUUGUUUGCUUAUUGUU